CUUUGGGGAAGGAAGAAAAAAGUGAAAUUUUGGGAACAUAUAAAAGAACCAAAAUAAUUUAGGAGAAGCUUGGAAUUGGAUUGGGAGAGAGUGAAAAUGGACUUGGAUGCAGUGAAGAGGUACUUGGAGAAAGGAGUGGGAACAUCAUCGGAGGUUGAUGGGUUACCACCGAGGUUUCUGGAACCCUUAAUAAUGAAUUCGCUUAAGGUUGAUCUCAUCGAACCUGGUCGCAUUCUCUGUUCCAUGAAGAUACCACAACGUUUACUCAACGCUGGCAAUACGUUGCACGGUGGUGCCACCGCUGCGCUGGUGGAUGUGGUGGGGUCCGCCGUGAUUCCCACCGUUGGGUUCACAGGUCCCAAUACGGGGGUUUCCGUUGAGAUUAAUGUUUCCUACGUGGAUGCUGCCUAUGUCGAUGAGGAGAUUGAGAUCGAGGCCAGAGCAUUGCGUGUUGGGAAGGUUGUUGCUGUUAUAAGCGUAGAGUUCAAGAAGAAAAAAACUGGCAAAAUUUUUGCCCAGGGGCGUCAUACCAAAUUUAUUCCUGCUUCCAGUAAACUUUGAAGGACCAAAUUGCACCCAAAUAAACGGUUCAAGUUAAAUGUUGUAUCGCCCUUCUGUACCAAAUACAUACCAAAUUACCCUUCUGAUUAAGUUUCCUCCAUCUCAAACAAUUACUUCAAUUACUUUGAAUUUUCUGUACCAGUUCUUGUUAUUGUUAAACGAUGAGGACAAUGUAUGCUCGAAGUUGUUCUCUACCUUUUGAUUUUGAUUAUGUAUAUAUUAUUUGACUCAAGAUAAUCAUUUUUACUUGAAUCUU